AUGGCACAUAAAGAUCGAGAUGUGGAGGUACAGUCAGGAGAGAGACCGAGUGAGAGGAGACAUCGAUCGAAGUCGGAGAAGGACCCAAAGGACCCAAAUCGCAAACACAAAUCUUCACGAAGUUCCAGACCCAAAGUCAUCGAUCCAGAGACGGGGGAAGUGAUCAAGACCCCUCACCGCAGUCGCAGAGAAAAGGAUUCGGAAAAGAGAUCAGAAGCGUCAAGCUCCAUGGCCGAUCUGGUACCAGAACUUGCUAGGACCGCAUCUGCACCGGGCGCAACAUCUCGGGGCAGCUUGCCAUAUCCAAGUUUCAAUAAAGCACAUAGCAAAGAGGCAGUCAAUAGCAGGGAGGACUUCAAGUUGCCUACCAAGGCAAAACCCAAUGUCUACACACCGGAGUCGACCGAUCUAGGAUCUGAGGACAAACCACGAUCGAAAUCGGCAGAGCACUUCUCGCCGAGUCGAGGCGCAACUACAAAUGCCAGGCCUCCGAGUCCCCCAGAGACGGAGUUCUCACAACAGAGAAAGGGUACACCUUCACGGAUGUCGAAGGUACGAGAGGAAGUAGAGACAGAGUCAAGGCCCAGCUCUAGGACCUCAAUCAGAAAGGAGAAGGAGCUCAAGCCGCGUGAGGCAGACAGAGAUGACCAGUCCAAGGUAUCAAAGGCGUCGAAAGCCAGUACCGCUAUCAAAUCACCUCGAAUGGUCCCGGAUGGCGUCAAUCCAUUUGGAGAUUCCAAUGCUGCGACCGAUUUGAGUGCAGAAACUCGACAGUCGACAGUAGAUUCCAACGUUACUUCCGUCGCCCCAAAGCGUGUUCCUCAACCACUUGCUACCGGUCGUCCACCAAACUUGGAUACCGACUCCUCUCCUGAAUCGGCCCAAGAUUCUUCUCCGCGAACACCUACCCAGACACCCCAGUUUCCUCCGCCAGACCUCAAAUCUACACCCUCUCCCUUCAUCCAUUUUGAUGCGCCCGACUCUAACCCUAGCGAAUAUUCUCCGCAGCCUCCCCCACCACCGCCGCCCCCGAACGUUCCUAUCAAUAUACCCCGAGUUGACUACCUUUUGAAUAAUGGUGGAUUACUUCGACCUGCACCUAAAACUUUACUUUCUGUACCUCCCCCAAUUAAUCCACAAUACAACGUCUCAAGAGCUGCCACCCCAAUGCCGCCAGAGAUUGAAAGAAUAUUCGGACCCUUUUACAACACAUUGGAUCAGUAUGAAACUGUCAUUGCUAAAAAUGGAUCCAUUGCAGUGGCUACUGGGUACAGAUCUGUGGCUAGGAGGUUAUUGGAUAGACUGGAAAAUGUUUUUAACCGAGAUCUCUCAUCCGAAGGUUGCAACUGCAUCAUGUGUGAGCAUUCUGAUCAGUCGACAUAUGGAGCGGGUAGGGGACUAGGAUGGGGUGAGGUCUUGGAGUGGGUAGGUGGACGACGGGAUCUUCCGCAAUGGCCAGCGUUCGACUUUGCAUCACUUGGUGUGAAAGCUGGAGAAGAAUUAGCUGGUAUUGGUUUGGCUGGUCCAAGGAAUCCCGGUGAUGGCAUAAGGCCUGGAUCACCUAUCAAAAUCGAUCCGGAUGUGGCAGAAGAAUAUCGAGAGCAUUAUCUUGCACAAUCGAAAAAGACCAAAACAGCCGUCAAUAAAUGGCUCUCGAGCUGUCCAGAAACUGCUGCUGCACCGCCGCAAGAAGUAGACGAUGAAACGCUAUCUUUUGCGAUCCUCACCCAUCUCGAUCAACACGACCGACCUAUAUUCAACGCUUUACUCACAGGUUCAAGUGUACUUCAACCAGUGUCUAGAGCUCCAACACCUCUCCGAAAGCCUCGUACAGAUUUCAUGAUGAAAACUGUCCAGGCAUUACAACAAUUAUACAGGCUACCAGUCCCACCACGAGAUCCAGAAGCGGCAAUCUAUUUACUAAGAAACCCCGAGCUACACAACCUUUUGGCAACAAUGUCCAACAUUCAUCAAUCGGAAUGGGAGAUCCUCACUUCCGGCCGUUUCGAUGGAUUCUUAUGGUCGGGCGCUGAGGAUUCUACCAACCCUUCACCUGCACCUUCACGUGGCCCAACACCUGCAAAUGGAAACCGCGGACCACCCACCCCCGCCAUGCGCCAAGCAUCACGAACCAACACCCCCUUCUCCCCCCUCCGCAACCAAACCUUCUCACCCUCCAUCGCCUCCUCAGGCUAUCCCUCCCGCGGCCCAACGCCCUUCAACCAAUCCAAAAACCCGGUCUCCAACGAUGAAGAAACCGAAAUCGCCGUCCUCGCCGAGAUCGAACGGGAGAUCUAUCUCGGCAUGGAAGCACUCGAAGACGCUUUCGAAGGCCUCCACCGCAAAGCCGAGUACGUCCGGCGCGCCCUUCGCGAACGCGGAGCUGGAUUAUCUAUGUCGCUGCAGUCAAGACGUUCGAGUCUUCAGGAUCCGAUGCGCUUUGGGACGCCAGGCCUAGGCGUGGGAUAUGAACGGCCGACUUGGGGUGAGCAGAGUGAGCUUAGUGAGAGUGAUUGGGAUCCCACAGAUGAGCAGAGCGAGAUUGCGCCUGAUGACUCGGCGAGCAAUAUAAGUAGUUCGAGACAUCGGCGGCCGAAACGGCGGACUGAGCGGAGGACGCCGGCGCCGGUGGAGGAGGAGGAUGAGGAGUGA